AUGUCGGCUCAGGAGCUCGUAGCCUGCCUCUGCCAGGAGGGGGACAAACACCUGGCCCAGGAGGAGCUGCCCUUAGCCACAGCCUUCUAUCUGGCCGCCUUCAGCUGCCAUGCGCCUUCAGCCGUGCGUCAUGUACGGGCUCUCCUGGCUGAGUCGCCAGGGGCACCUGUGGUGGCCACCCUGGAGUCCUGGUGUUGUGGGGACAGCCAGAUCCCUGCUAUCCACUGGGAUGGCAUGACGGUAGUCUCCCUGACUGGGCCACUGGCCUCUGCCUUCCUCGGUGCCAUUUGCCCAGAUCACCCUGCCACUGUCCUGUACCUUUUGGCUGGCCUGCUGGCCCAAGGGCGUCACAUGGAGGUGGUGCAGCGCUGUAAUACUCUGUUGGAUGCACACUCCAAGCAGGCCCUGGAGCUGCAGCUGACACGUGCCCUGGCCUGGGUCCUGUCUGUGGACCGGGCCAGAGAGGGCAUAGCUGCCUAUCUUCAGAACUUUGCCUCCAGUGCAACCCGGACAGUGGCCUUCAUUCGUAGCCACCAGCAGCCCUACCUCCCCAGGUUGCUUGGCACCCUCCAGAACUACCUCUCAGGACACCCGAAAACCAGCGCCAGCCAGCAAGAUACCAACUGCCGGGGACUUCUGGAGGCCCUGGACCCCAGAGGCUGCUGGAUGGGUGCCAUGUCACCAGAAGCUCUGCUUCGCAGAGGCCGGUUUGAGGAUUGCAGGGCAGCAUGCAGCCGGGACCUUCAGCCUGACUCAACAGGGAGUAGACCCCAAGGUGAGCACCUGGCGGCCCUGCUAGUCACCCGCGCGGCUGCCACCUUCUUCCAGGAUGGACCAGCCGGGGACAUGCUGCGGGACCUACAGGAGGCCUUCCGUGAGAGCCCCGCCGGCGCGCGGAGGCAGUUCCAGGCCCUGCUGUCCGCGGAAGACCGCGAACGCCUGCAAGCGCAGGCGCAAGAGGCCGCGGACCUGGGCUUUGCCCGCUUCCUGGAGGCUGUGCGAAGCCGCGGCGAGCUGCGCUGUGAUGCGGACCGCGAACUCUUGGUUCCCGUGACGCGCGCGCUUCGCGUCCUGCUCCGCGUGGCACCUGCCCGACGGCGACCAGCGCUGGGCAUCCGCCUGGCUGAGUGCCUGCUGCUGGCCGGGGACGUGGCGGGGGCUCGCGCGCAGUGUGAGCGCCUCCUCCGUCCCAGGCGUCCCGGGGAGCACGCGGGAGAGCACGCGCCGCUGCUAGCACUGCGCGGUUUCUGCGCGCUGCAUGCGGGCGAUGCGCGGCGCGCGCGCGAGGACUUCCAGACAGUGGUGGAGCGCGCGGCGCCGCACGCGGGAGGCUGCGUGCGCGCGCUGUGCGGCCGAGGGCUGCUGCGCGUGCUGGCGGGCAGCGCCUUCCUGGGCGCGCUGGACUAUGUCACCGCCUGCCGGCUGCGGCCGGAGGAGACGCUGCUGAUCGCCAAGGCCUACGUGCCCUGGAACCAGCGUGGGCUGCUGCUGACCGUGCUGCGGGAGGAGGGUCGCAAGAUGCUGCUGCGCUCGCCCAGCUACGCUGGGAAGUCUGCGCAGGCGCUGGAGGGGGAUGCCUAUGGUGUAUACCAGCUGGCCAUGCUGUUACUUGGGAUGGAUGCAGAGGACGAGACUUCCUGCCUCUUGGUGGCUGAUGCCCUGUACCGCUUGGGCCGUCUGGAUGAUGCUCACAAAUCCCUGCUGGUGGCUCUUUCCCAGAGGCCCCAGGCAGCCCCUGUGCUGGUGCGGCUGGCCCUGCUUCAGCUGAGGAGGGGCUUCUGCUAUGAUGCCAACCAGCUAGUAAAGAAGGUAACCCAGUCUGGAGACACUGCCUGCCUCCAGCACACGCUGGACAUCUUCCAUCAUGAGGACCUGCAGCUGCUGCAAGACCACUGCCACACACGGGCAUUAAGCAUUCUGCGGGCUCGGCCAGGUGGAUCAGACAGCGAGGCCCACACAAGGGAAGCCAUCGCCUAUCUCUCUUUGGCCAUCUUUGCUGCAGGGAGUAGAACCAGUGAGUCCCUCCUUGUCAGAGCCCGCUGUUACGGGCUCCUGGGUCAGAAGAAGACAGCCAUGUUUGAUUUCAACACCAUACUUCGGGAGGAACCAGGGAAUGUGAAAGCUCUGUGUGGACGAGCUCUCGUGCAUCUGGCCCUGGACCAGCUGCAGGAAGCUGUGGAUGACAUGGCCUCCGCCCUGAAGCUUGACUGGGACACUGUUAUUCCCGAGAUCCUUUCUCUGAAGACAGAAGUUCAGUUGUCCCUUACCCAGGGCCUGUACACUCGCUGCCGGGUCCUCCUGAACCAGGGUCUGGGGUGCCCUGGGGUGCCCCUCAGGGAAGAGGACACCCAAGGCCUCCUUGCCAUGGGGAAGGCACUGAUAGGAAUAAAUGCUACGCAGCCCAGUUGGCGCCUGCUUCUCACAGACAUUCUUACAGGGCUGGGCAAGUAUCAGGAGGCCGGCACACACUUGCAAGAAGUGCUACACCUCACCCCAUCAUCAGAGGCUGCCCAGGCCCGGCGAGGCUUGCUCCAGCUUAAAAAGGGAGAUGUGUCAGCUGCUGCCCAUGGCUUGCAGUGCCUGGCAGAGAGAGAUACUCAGGACCUCGGCUUCCUGUUACGCCUCCUUGACUCCCCAGAGCGGCAGAGUCUCGGGCAGACCGCUGCCAAGGAAGCAAGCAACAUCUUGGAUUUAGGGAAUCCAGGAAGGGCACUGAGCUACUGUUCUUUGGCCAUCCUGGCGGGAGGCAACAAUCCUUACCAUCUGCGUCUCCGAGUGGCCUGCUUGACCCAGCUGCGGGAGUAUGACCGGGCACUCAGGGACCUGGACCGGGUGCUGCGGCAGCCUGCAGAGGACAGCGACCUGCCAAGCCGGGCAGAAGAUUUCUGCACCCAGGGUCGCCUGCUUCUGAGCCUGGGGGAUAAGGAUGGAGCCGCAGGGGCCUUUACCCAAGCUUUGGCCCUGGCACCAGCCCAGGCUCAAAGCAGCCUGUUGGAGCAACCAGGCCGGGCCAUGACAGCCAGUGUGUUCCUGAUCCAUGGCCAGCGCUGUCUAGAGGAACAACGCUUUGAGGAGGCCUGGACAGCAGUCCAGAAUGGACUUGGGGUGGACCCCAGCCACGGUGAGCUAAAGAAGCUGAAGCUGAGGACUCGCAAGUUGGCUGCCUCUGGCUGCAGACUACACUAACCAGAGGCUGACCCGCUUGACUCCCCCGCUUGACUCCUCCAUCAGCACUGCUUCUCAUCUAGGGUGCGCCUGGCUCCCCAGAUCCAAGAGUGGCUCUCUCCACUGGCCACCCUUGCCUGUCCUUUGCUGUGGGAUUAGGAGAAACUUCCUGCUUAUGCAGAACAGCUAACCUGGGUGGCUCACCACAGCCCCACUGCACUGGGCAGCCUCAGUGCUCUGCUUACACCUGGGACACGGGCAAGAUCAGGGCUAGCGCCUCAGGGCCUAGCAGGAGAGUCGAUGGCCCAGGGAGCCCUCCCUGGGGAGGAGGCUGCUUAGAGCAGGCCUGGAUUGCUCCAGAUUCCUGGCUGCCUGUGUGGAACUGACCUUGCCAGGUCAUUCUCCAGGGACCCAGUGUCCAUGCCAGCAGGCACAGCCCAGGCAGCCCCUUCCCUCAUAAGGUUGAGAGACCCCAGGUUUCCACUCGGCCUACUGUCCAAGGUGUCAGCUCGUGAUUUUGAUGCAUCUGAGCUGAGACAGCUUUAUGUAGGCAAACUUCCCAUCCAGUCUCGAUCCCUGCCAAUGGGGCUCCAGCCUGUCACCUUCACUACCACCAUCACCAAAGCUGUCACAGGGGCCGGGCUGGAGUACUUCAUGCACUCACCACAAUGGACAGGACUGCUUGGCAUGACAUGGCAAACCCCUUUCCUUGGCUUCUAUUCUGAGACUUCCCUUUGCCCCAUGCUGUCUUCUCUGCCCCUUCCUCCUGCAGUCCUUUUAGCACCAUUGAAACCCACCAUCUGACCUACACAAACCAACCCCCCCCCCCCCGGUUCAGAUACAGGAUUCCUGAUCCUGCCCGUCCCCAGGCAGUGAUGAAGUGACUAGGUAGGAUUAGCAGUCCCUUCUUAUGAAAGCUUUCUCACCCGCCUUGACAUCCCUCCAUGGUGUGGGAGCCCUCCUCCCUGCUGUUGUAAUACCCGAGACCUGCCAAGCUAUGCCUCCACGCAUUCCACAGGAGGGCCAGGAAGAGCAGGGAGCCCAGAAAGGCUCUUCUGUGAGGCACACCCUGGUUCCUGCUGCCCUUCCCCACCAUGAUCUUUAGGAUAGCCUGGUGCACAUCUCCACCGGGUUACCCUUUCACCCACCUCAUGUCCAUCUCUCCACCUGGGCGUCCCUUGGCACGGCAGACACUUGCCAACAUCCAUCAGCACCAAGGUCAAGCAGUUGUCACCUGGGUGUGCCCUCCACAUCCUGUGCCUUUGCUGCCUUUCAGCCUAAGGUAUCCUGUGGUGCCCAUUCCCUCCAUGAUGCCUCAGCCUUGACAUUCUAAACAUGAAGGAACUCAGAUCUGACAGAGCUCCUCCGGGCUACCAGGGGCAUCACCCAGCACCUUGUGGUCUCCUGAGGUCUUAGCGUUCUCUCUCUCUCUCUCUCUCUCUCUCUCUCUCUCUCUCUCUCUCUCUCUCUCUCCCACUGAUCUGGCACCUUGCUGUGGUCUGAAGGUCUGAAUGGGUUCCCAGAAAUCCAUGCACUGAGAUCCACUACCAAUGAGAUGUUGCCAGAAUGUAGGUCUGGCAGGUGGGGAGGAGAUAGGUUGUGAUGAUGGAGCCCUAAAGAUUGGGGUCUGUGGCUUUGAAGGCACUUCAGCCCACCCAUGUAUGAGAACGGAGUGGGGGAGUGCCACCUACAAACCAGGAUGCAGGCCCGUCCCCACAUACCUACCAGGGCUCCUCCUUGGAGUUCUACCUCCACAACCAUGAGAAAUAAAUCUCACUUGAUAAGGCCCCAGCCUGUAGGAUUUUGUCUCAGUGACGUGCAGUGUCUCCACACCAUGACCUCUGUCCUGACCACAGACCUCUAAUGCCUGCAGAUGGAGAUGAGUCUUAGCUGGCCAAGCCCUUCAGCCUACACACUGUCUCAUAGAAGAGUCCCAGGCUAGACCAGGCACCCCAGCAGCCUAGAGACUGUGGUGGAGGGUUCUAGAAGCUAUGCAUUCACCCUAGCUGGGGUAUAUGCCUACAGGACAUGUCCAGGGCUGCUGGCCCCCACCAUCUAGAGCUCACACUCUGCAAAUCCAUUUACCUCCUUGCAGCCCCCCAGAGCCUACCCACAACCAUCCAGCCCCUCCUCCCAUGCCUGACUGGAGUGGAAAGAACCCAAGCCAUGUGUCCCAAAGGCAGGUGUCCAGCCCUUGCGUAUUUCCAGUGUCUCUAGUUUAUUGUCGACCAUGGAAUCCAGCUUUCACAAAGCAAACCAUGGGUCGCUUCCGGCAGAGUGUGAACGGAUACAACAGAGUCGUCAUCAGGGGAUCUGUGUGCCCAGUUAGCUAUGACCCUACUCUCUGUUCCCACCUGCCUCCCCAGAACUCCUGGAGGUAUCACAGUGUGUAACCACAGCCUCAAGGGCCCAACUUGGUCUUCAUUCGUACUCAGGGAUUCCCCCCAAAACUGACCUGCUAGGGGCCUAAAGCCAGGUCUUUUAGCACUGACUGACCAUGGCAUUUUCAAGUGAGAAAGGCUAGUGUCCCCAAAUGCACUUGAAGGACUAGAGGCCCUCACCUCAGCCCAUCCAGAUGUGCCCAUUCCAAGUUAGAGUCCAGUUCUUGCUCAGUGCCCUAGUCUUUCUUGUAAGAACUCAGCAACAGGGCAGGGUAUCACCUCAGGGUAACACCUCAGUAAAGUGCUUCUUGUACAAGCACAGGGCCUGAGCUCAAUCCUAGGAACUGGCAUAGAAAACAAAAACACACAACAACAAUAAAAAAAAAAAAAAACCCACGAGACCAGAGUAUCCCACACAUGGACUCUCCAUGCAGGGGAAGUCAGGGACAAGAGCAUCCCUGAGGCUAACUGACCAGCCUCCUUGUGUGGG